AUGGCAGAGCUCAAUUUCAACGUGGAUCACGGAUAUCUGGAGGGUCUAGUUCGCGGAAUGAAGGCAGGAAUCUUGACUCGCACCGACUAUCACAAUCUGGCCCAGUGCGACACACUUGAGGACAUGAAGCUGCAUUUGCAGAGCACAGACUACGGUAAGCUGCUGUCCACCUCUGAGGAGGACUUGACUGUGUCUCUAGUGGACAGCAAGCUGAGGGACAGCCUGGUGACUGAAUUCAGCUGCCUUCGCUCCAAUGCGCUGCCUCCCCUAUCUACCUUCCUCGACUAUAUAACUUACAGCUACAUGAUCGACAAUGUGGUGAUGCUGAUCACCGGAGCUCUGAAACAGAGGGAUGUGGCAGAGCUCCUCCCGCGGUGUCACCCACUGGGAGCUUUUGACCAAAUGGCAGCAGUGGGCAUCGCUCGUACCCCAACUGAGCUCUACUCGGCCAUCCUGGUGGACACACCACUAGCUGAUUUUUUCCAGGACGCUGUAUCUGAGUCCAAUCUGGAUGAAAUGGAAGCUGAGAUCCUCAGAAACAAACUGUUUAAGGCAUAUUUAGAGUCUUUCCUCUUCUGCAAGAACAUUGGUGGCGCCACAAAAGAUACAAUGUGUCCUGUCCUGGAGUUUGAGGCAGACAGACGAGCCUUCAUCAUCACAGUGAACUCCUUUGGGACAGAUCUCAGUGGUGCAGACAGAAGUGCACUCUAUCCAUCUUGUGGCAAACUUUACCCUGAAGGGCUACAACUGCUGGCCAGAGCAGACGACCACGAGCAGGUCAAAGCAGUGGCUGACUGUUACCCAGCAUAUAAAGUCAUCUUUGAUGACCCUGAGCCAGGAUCAGGUUUUAAGACUCUGGAGGACAGAUUCUUUGAACAAGAGGUGAAGCUGAACACACUUGCUUUCCUGCAGCAGUUCCACUUUGGAGUAUUUUACUCCUACAUCAAACUGAAGGAACAGGAGAGUCGCAACAUCGUCUGGAUCGCCGAGUGUGUCACACAGAGACAGAAGUCAAAGAUACACAACUACAUACCCAUCUUUGAGGGAAAAAAUUAA